AUGUCAAAUGAAUUAACAAAUAAUAAGUCGAUAGGCCAAUAUAUUUUUAGUAUUUCAUAUAUCUGAUAGUAUUCAGGUAAGACUUUGGGACAAGGCACCUUUGGAAAAGUGAAAUUGGCCACCCACAUCUUGACAGGAGAGAAAGUUGCAAUUAAAAUCCUGGAAAAGUAGAAGAUCAGCGAUUAAUCUGACAUUGAACGCGUAACCAGAGAAAUUCAAAUCCUUAAGAAAGUUCGCCAUCCAAAUUUAGUCUAAUUGUAUGAGGUAAGAUUUUUGAGUUCUAACCAGAUAAUAGAGACACCCAAACAGUUAUUUUUAGUUAUGGAAUACGUUAACGGGGGGGAACUCUUUGAUUAUAUCGUCCAAAACCAACGCAUUAAAGAUGUCGAAGCAAUCAGAUUUUACAGUUAAUUAAUUUCAGGCAUCGAAUAUCUCCACAAAUUGCAAAUAGUUCAUAGGGAUCUCAAGCCUGAAAAUCUUAUUCUUGAAGGGAGAGGCAAAAUUAAAAUAAUAGAUUUCGGCUUAUCUAACUUUUAUCAUCAAGAUGAAUUAUUAAAGACAGCAUGCGGAUCGCCUUGUUAUGCAGCUCCGGAAAUGAUUGCAGGUAAGAAAUAUAAUGGACUCCAUAUUGAUAUCUGGAGCUCCGGUGUGAUCCUAUUUGCUAUGAUGGCAGGCUACCUUCCUUUUGAAGAUCCCAAUACUUCCUAGUUAUACAAGAAAAUAAUGGCAGGAGAAUUUAAAUUCCCCAAGUACAUAUCUGGAGAGGCAAAGGAUUUAAUUAAGAACAUACUAAAUGUUGAUCCUUAAAAAAGGUAUACAAUUGCAGACAUUCGUAAACAUAGUUGGUUUAGUUUUUGUAUAAAUUCAAUUUUAUAAAGUUUUAUUAAGACAAUUAAAAAAUACCAACUGGCCUUAUUGUUGGUUAACAUAGAAUACCAAUAGAUCCUGAAAUAGUUAAAUAGAUGGUUUCUUUGGGCAUUUCUAGUGAAUAUGCUGAAAAAUGUAUCGAAACAAACCGACACAAUCAUGUAACAACUACAUAUUAUCUGUUAUUAAAGAAAUAUAUCAUAGGUGGAAAUAAAUCAAUAGCAGGUAAUUAUGUCAUCUAUUAAAUCCCCCUAGAUAUAAGCUCUGAAUAGUUUGAAGCUCAAAAAAUAUCUAUUAGACAAUCUACUAAUACUGAUAGAAAACUAAUUAAUUAAAUGAAUCCUUUGCCAUUAAUAUAGCGCAAGUGUACAAAUAUUCAUUAAUAAUCAUCCUAGCAAGACAUACCUAGUAAAGGGAAGAUUCACCUGUUGAUACAAAGCCAAGAUUAAACAAUUCUCUCAACACUCAAAAUACAAUAUUAUAAUAGUAAUCCCCUACAGUUUUAAUGAAUCAAUCUGUGGAUGUGAAGAGGAAAGUGACUUUAGAUUUUUAGAAGACUACGCUUUUGGAAUCUAGUUUAUUAUAAUAAUCUAAUGAUGUUAAGGUUUUGAAAUUGAAGACUCCUGCUUGUAGGAAUUAUAUAUUGGCUGAGUAUUAUGGUAGAUAUCCAAGGCGUUCUAGAAAUUCAGACAGGUAAAAGUCAAUGGAUUAAGAGUAAACAUGCUUUAGAACAUUUUACAAAGGAAGCCCUAUUCCAAAAAGAUGA